AUGUUUCCGGCGGCGAAGAGAGUGGCAUUUCGCGAUCCUAUCACAGAGGACGUGAAGACUGUCCGAUUUACCUUGCGCCACUCUGAUAUCAGCCCUCCUACCUCGACCCUCGAAUUACGUCCGCCGCAGGAAAGGCAUCCCAACAAAUCAGCACAGCCUCCGGACGAGAAGCCUACGACCAAGAAGUCUGGACCAUUGUCGCCACGCACUGGCGACAAGCGUGACUCGUCCGAUGAGGAGGACGAUGAGACCUGUCCUGCCACUCCAGUUGCUGGACGACAGAAACGUCAUCGUCAAUGGGUGUGGACGUUGCCUCCAGUGCCUCGCUCGGCAGAGGAUAGCAGGACAGGCGCGGCAUCAGAUCAGAACGGAAAGAAGGCCGACGGCGAAGGAUCAUGA